CUUAUUUUUACAGUGUGUAUAAAAUAUAUGGUAUAGGUACUCCAAAAUACUCUGUGUUUUUCACUUGAGUUAAUUACUUUCUGUUAGAAAGUUUUAUAGGUACAUUCAUUGCGAAGAGAAAAGAGAUACAUAAUUUGAAAGACAGCAAAAACGAGCAGAAGAUAAAAAGAUGACAGAAAAUGUACUUAGUGAAAGUGACGAAGGAGAAAUAAAAUCAGAUUUUGAAGAAGAUUUUCAACAUGAAUUACAUGAUUUUCCCCAUGUUUUAAGAUUUAUUCAACGGAUGCAUGAUCAUGUAAAGAAACAAAACAAAAAGAUUACUAAGCUAAGAAAUAAACUUAAAGAAUAUAAAAAUCCAAAAUUUGUUCAAAGUAAAACUUUGAUCGAUUAUGGGACUCAAACAAAUCCAUUGGAAUGUGAAAAGGAAUCAGGUGUUUCACAGGAUUGGAGUACUAGUAAUGAUAAACGUUCAGCUAGUAUUGUAGAUCAAGUUAAAGAAGCAGCUGAAUCAGCUUUGCUACAAACUGGUUUUGUUUAUGAAGAAACUUCAGGUUUAUAUUAUGAUUAUAACAGUGGAUAUUAUUAUGAUGCAAAACAAGGCUUAUAUUAUGAUGGGAAUUCAGGUACAUAUUACUAUUAUGAUGAAACAAGUGGGACAUAUCAGUUCCAUAGUCAAGCACAAGUAACUGUAAAUGAAGCAGCUUCGCAUACGCAAAGCAAGAAGGAGCAGAAAACUAGAAAGGCAACGAAGGAUGAGGGGAAAAAACGCAAACUUGCAAAAAGAGAGGAACAGUCGGAAGAUAAUGAACUUGAGGAGGGUGAAUGUUCAAGCGACGAUAACGACAGCAGUAUUACUGACAUUACUCCAGAAUUAUGUACUAGUAGCGACAGUGACCACGAAGAAGACCAAGAUUUAGCCAAAACUUAUCCACCAUGUAUGAGAAUCAUAGUUAAAGAAACUAAUUUGCCAAAGUUAAAAAUUGGAAAUCUCUUUCUUGUUGCAUACACGGGUGGUUCGAUUGGUCGAGAAGGUGAUCACUCUGUGGUGAUACCGGAUAUAAACGUUAGUAAGCAUCAUGCUCGAUUUGUGUAUAACGAAGAAAAGAAAAUGUAUGAAAUCAUAGAUUUGGGAUCAAGAAAUGGUACGUUUCUUAAUGGAAAAAGAUUGUCUGUAGCCAAACAGGAAUCCGAAUCUCACGAAGUUUCUCAUGGUUCAAUUGUACAAGUUGGCACUACAAAAUUAUUGUGCCAUAUUCACAAUGGGAACGAAACUUGUGGCCAUUGUGAACCAGGACUCGUUCAACAGAAUAAUAACGCUGAAGAGAAUAAAACUUCGAAAAAAGACCUUCACAAACAAGAAUUGAAACGAUUAAAACAUAAAUUCGGAAUUGAGAAAGAUAAUGUGGCGAGUGCUAGUCAGGUAGCAACAGGAUACCAAGACAGAGCGCAAACCAGAAGACAGUGCAUCGGUUCGUUGAAUCAUCAUGCGAAAACACAACAGAGUUCAGUGGACAUUUCUAUAGCAAAAGACAACAGAGGAUUCAAACUGUUAUCGAAAAUGGGGUGGACCGAGGGGCAGUCAUUGGGUAAAGAAGGUGACGGUCCAACUGAACCGAUAUCGUUGAAGAAUAAUCCAAGCAAAACCGGUCUCGGAGCAACCAGUGAAUUUCCUACAAUUGAACUAGAUUCAACUACGGAAAAGAAGCAAGCAUUAUGGCGAAAGACUCAGCAACGUUACAAAGAAAUAACCGACUAAGCGAAGUAAUUACACCGUGAACAUUUGUCAUGGAUAAAAAAAAUUUAUGUUCACUUUGAAAACGCACAUAUUUUUCAUCAUUCGUCAUGGUAAGCGAAGGCAAUUACGUUUUCUUGCCUGAAUGUUCGCGAAGAAAAUGAGAACAUUGCUAAACGAUAUCAUAGAAUUUUAUAUAAAAGGCAAAUUCCACGAAAUUUUGGAAAAAUGGAUAAUUUAUAGAAUGAUUGUUUCAUAUUAAUUAAGCUCUUUGGCAUUGAAAUUUUUAAAAAUUCAAAAAGUGGAAUUCAUCGCUUUUGCCUACGGAUGAUUCAUUUUACAAUUUUUAUUAUGGUAUCAGUUGACGUUGUAAAAUGAUCAAUUUUAACAUCUUGAAAUAAGAUUUUUAACGAGAUAGUCGAAGAUGACAAAAGGAAUUUGAAAAAUUAGAAAGUAAUGCCGUGUAACGGAUCAAAAACAUGGAUUCCUUGCGAUGGAAGCAAAGAGGGCAAGUCGAGUUCGUUUCAUCCAAGACACGGUUCAUUUCUCUGGACACUCAGGCGCACCGGCGAUAUUUAUAAAGUAAACUUCACGGUGCAAAGACCUCGGAGCCAAGUGUACAGAACGAGCCGUAAGUUUAGGCCAAGCCCUUAACUCCUUCGGCACAUCGUGCGGUUUUCAUAAUAAACUACUUCCAGCGAA